AAGUCUCUUUUUCCUCCCCCGAUUUUUCUUUCUUUUUUUUUUUUCAUCUGCUUUCCUAAAUUUCACAUUCUUAAUGAAGCUGUUUGGGGAAGUCUUAAAAAAAAAUCAAUCCUGGAAGAAGUUAACGCGAACCACGUUUUUUUUCUUUUAAACUGUUGCCAGGAUAGCUUCGCGGACGUGGCCACGAAUUGCCCAGAAGUCAAGUUCGACUCCCAGGCAGGGCGAUACUUUUUCUUCGUUCUCCUUUAUAUCUGAAUCGCCUCCGUCUCCUCAACGGCCCCCCAAUUCAAACUAAUCCCCCUCGUCCUGCUUACUCUUCCCAACGGGGGCGAAAAGAACCCGCAGCGUCCCCAAAUCUUUAUAUAUAUAUAUAUAUUUAAAAAAACGUCCCGCCGUCUCCGCGAAUAUAAAAAAACGCCGCACGAGCCCGAAACCCAUUCAGGCUUGAGGGGAUGGUGGUUUGUUUUUUUUUUGACCCUCUAGCGCCACCGUAAAAUCAAAGCGCUCUUAAGGGGGCCAAGAGUUUCGCUGAGCGGCAGCAGCAGCAGGAAUGCUGGUCCUUCUCUGGCAGUUGGGCGGGCGCGCGCGCGCGGGGCUUCCCUCAACGGCAGCGCCGAGGGAAGGCGAAAGGAAGAGGAGGGGGAGUUCGCCGAGUCGUCUCCGCCGGACGGACGGAAAAAAAUGAUCCCCCGCCGCCGCACCACCUUAAAGCGCGGAGUUGGCCGCCGACGCUGAGGGGGAGGCUUCGGGGGGGUCUCCGUGGCUGGGGGCGGCGGAGGGAGAGUGAGAGAGAGGGAGAGAGAGGCAGGCAGGGUCGGUUAUUUCUCCCCCCCCCUCCCUCCCGCUUACCCAGGAUUCCGGGAGGAGAAAGCGCGCUCUCGUGCUGGGGGGGGGUGUGUGCUCGGCCCCGCGCUCAGCGUCCGUUAAUUCUCCCCAACGGUCCCUUGUCACCGUUCCGGCGAAGGCGGCGUCGUCUUCACCUGGGCUCCCUUUUCUCGGGGCGCGGAUCCUUAACCGCUUGUCUUCCGGCUCUACCCCAACCUCUCGGCAGCUCUCUUUUGAACGCCGUUUUAAGGGAACGGCGGCGGCGACCGACCGACCGGACGAACCACUCACUCACCCUUCUGCCCCCCCCCCCCAAAAAGGACCCUGGCGGCUUCCCUCAGGACUCCCUCUCUCUCUCGCGCGCGCUCGCGGGGACGCGCGCCCUCAGGACGAGCCCACGCGGACCCGUUCCCCGCCCUGAGAGGAGCGGGUUGGCCACCCAGCGACCCCAAUUCGCCUCGGGAAGGAAGGAAGGUGGGAGGGGGGGUAAAAAGAAAUAAAAUCAAAAUAAAAUAAAAAAUGCGGUCGAGGAAGGCCGGCUCCCUUCGGCCGCUCUUCUCCCCGCGGGGCUCGCGCACCGGGCCCUCCUCCUCCUCCUCUUCCCUGCGCUGCGGGGGAGGGCCAUGUGCGUUUGUUUUGAGGUUGUGUUGGUGGAGGUGGUGCCGCCGCCGCCGCCAGGCCGCUCGGAGGAAAGAGACUGACGGGAAGGAAGCGCCUGGAAUGGAUCCUGGGGGCUGGCGCGGCUCCAAGCCUCCCGCCUCUCGCGUCCCGAGUGCCCUCCCGCGUGGCUGCUCGGCUUCACUUUUACAGCUGUAGCCUGGUUCGCUCGCUGCCUUUCUCUUCCCCCCCCCUCCACACCUCCCCACCUCCCGCCCCCAAUUUCCCCAGCUCCCCUCCCCGCUAAUCCUGCCCCCUUCGCAAUGCCGCCUCCUCGCUUCUUCUCCCGGCUCCCCCCGCCUGCUCCCUUCGGCUUUGCCCGGGUGCUCGCGUGAACCGCGCGUUUCAAUUCAUCCUAUAUUUAUUGGGCUUUAAUUCACUGACAAGGCGGCUUCCUCUUUUUUUUAUCCCCCCUCCCCUCCUCUCCACCCCCCCCCCCCGGUCUUUCUCGCCUGCGUGGAAACGGCGGCGCUGGCCCCAGCAAGCAGCAAUGUGUUAAAAAAUCCUAGCCGGCCGCCUCGGGAAGGGCUCUAUCCUAUCAAGAGUGAAUCCCGUAAGAUCAACGCAGAUACUAUUUUGGGGGGCUAGGAAGAGGGGAAGGAGGAAGCGGAGGGGGGGUGGGUGGAAGAGAGAGAAAGUAGGAGGGAUAGAGAAGGGAGGAAGCGGGGCUGUUGUUAUUUUGGAUUCCAAGAAUCGGGAGGAGGUAGAGAGAGAGAGAGAGAGAGGGAGGGAGAGAGGGAGGGGAAAAAGGCAUCACCACCACCACCCCCAAAAUUCCCAAAGCAAAGAAGGACAACCCCAGAAAGGACUCACUUUGCUUGAUGACUCAACGCAACUAAUAAUCAUUUGUCUCCUCGCUGGCGAAUCCCUCGUGUUGCUGCUGCCGCCGCCGCGGCUGCUUAUGCUGGCUGGAAAAGGGAGAGAUUGAAAGUGACACAUCGGGCGCAGCUUGCGGCUUACCGGAGAUCAGAGCACCGGCUUCUGCUGCCACUGCCGCCGCUAGUCCGAUAGAGUGUCCCCCAGCCUCUCCACCCCUUUGCUCCCCCCCCCUCUCCCCCUCUUAUUUCUUCCCCCCCCUUUUUUGCCGAAGGGCUGAGAAACCGCCCCCGCUUUCCCCCCCCCCGCCUCCUUCCCUUCCCGAUCCCAGAAGUCUCACCUCUCUUUUCCAGUUGCCACCUCGGAUGCCCUUUUAGGAAGAGCUCUUUCCUCAAAGCAUCAAGCCGUUUAAGGCGCAAGACGGCCAGGCAUCCUAACUCGGGAACGAAAAAAAAAAGGGGGGAAAAAUAAUAGCCUCCCCCCCCCCCCAAAAAAAAAAAACACUUAAGGCGUCGGUGGGGUGGUGUACUGGGGAGAAGCGAAAAAAGGCAAAGAAGACAAAUAACGUAGCAAGAGGAGCCAAGGAAACUUUCCAUCCUGGAUUCUCUACUUUUGAUCCAUGGACAGAGCCCAAGUCAGCCAAGUUACGGACAGAGUAUAAGCAGUCCUUGCUCAUUUUAUUGUGACCUGCCUGUGGGAACGUUGUCUCCAACUCAAAGUAAUAUGGAUCGGAGAAGUGAGAGUCCCUGCCUAAGGGAUAGCCCAGAGAGAGGGAGAGGCAGCCCUGAUGUCAAAGGUCCUCCCCCGGUGAAGGUGGCCAGGCUUGAACAGAAUGGCAGCCCUAUGGGAGCCAGAGGGAGGCUCAAUGGUUCUGUCACCAAAUCAGUGGGAGGUUUGAUGAUCCCCGUCUUUUGUGUCGUGGAACAACUGGACACUUCUCUUGAAUAUGAUAAUCGAGAAGAACAUGCAGAGUUUGUUCUGGUUCGUAAAGAUGUGCUUUUUAGUCAGCUAGUGGAGACUGCGCUUCUGGCUCUCGGUUAUUCUCACAGCUCUGCAGCUCAGGCACAAGGAAUAAUCAAACUUGGGAAAUGGAAUCCUCUUCCCUUAACUUAUAUGACAGAUGCACCUGAUGCAACAGUGGCUGACAUGUUACAAGACGUCUACCAUGUUGUGACACUGAAAAUUCAAUUACAGAGUUGUUCAAAGCUAGAAGAUUUGCCAGCAGAACAGUGGAACCAUGCCACAGUCCGCAAUGCCUUAAAGGAAUUGCUCAAAGAGAUGAAUCAGAGCACAUUAGCCAAAGAAUGCCCUCUCUCCCAGAGUAUGAUAUCAUCCAUUGUAAAUAGCACGUAUUAUGCAAAUGUGUCAGCUACUAAGUGCCAGGAAUUUGGAAGAUGGUAUAAAAAGUACAAGAAAAUUAAAGUGGAACGAGUUGAAAGAGACAACCUGUCAGAAUAUUGUGUUCUUGGUCAACGUCCCAUGCACUUACCGAAUAUCAACCAGCUGGCAACUUUGGGCAAAACAAAUGAACAAUCUCCUCAUGGUCAAAUUCACCACAGUACUCCAAUCAGAAACCAAGUGCCAACGUUACAGCCAAUCAUGAGCCCUGGUCUUCUUACGCCUCAACUCAGCCCACAGCUUGUAAGGCAGCAAAUAGCAAUGGCCCAUUUGAUAAAUCAACAGAUUGCAGUAAGUCGGCUCCUGGCUCAUCAGCAUCCACAGGCAAUUAAUCAACAGUUUCUAAAUCAUCCACCUAUCCCUAGAACAGUCAAACCAGAACCAACAAAUUCAUCAGUGGAAGUAUCUCCAGAUAUCUACCAGCAAGUCAGGGAUGAGUUGAAAAGGGCCAGUGUCUCCCAGGCGGUCUUUGCAAGAGUGGCUUUCAAUCGCACGCAGGGAUUGCUAUCAGAGAUACUGCGUAAAGAAGAAGACCCUAGAACAGCUUCGCAAUCCCUCCUGGUAAAUCUGAGGGCAAUGCAGAAUUUCCUCAACCUACCUGAGACAGAGCGAGAUCGUAUAUAUCAGGAUGAGAGAGAGAGGAGUAUGAACCCCAAUGUGAGCAUGGUGUCUUCAGCUGCCAGCAGUCCAAGUUCCUCCAGAACCCCCCAGUGCCAUAAUAAAGAAGAUUCUGCUUCUUCGGGCCACAAAUCAUGGUGGAAUAAUUCAGAGCUUCUCCAAAUUGACCAGAGAACACAGGCCAAAACCUCAACACCGACAACAGACCUCCCCAUUAAGGUGGACGGAGCCAACAUCAACAUCACAGCUGCCAUUUAUGACGAGAUCCAACAGGAGAUGAAAAGGGCCAAGGUGUCUCAGGCUCUGUUCGCCAAAGUAGCUGCCAACAAAAGCCAGGGUUGGCUGUGUGAGUUGUUGCGUUGGAAAGAAAACCCAAGCCCUGAAAAUCGAACACUUUGGGAAAAUCUGUGCACCAUUCGGCGAUUCUUGAAUCUUCCCCAACAUGAGAGGGAUCUCAUCUAUGAAGAAGAAUCUCGGCAUCAUCACAGCGAACGUAUGCAGCAUGUUGUCCAGCUUACUCCUGAGCCUGUACAGGUGCUCCAUAGACAGCAAUCUCAACCAGCAAAGGAAAACUCCCCACCAAGAGAAGAGGCUCCACCCCCAUCUGCAGAAGAUGCAUCUACAAAAAAGCCAAGAUCCCGUACUAAGAUUUCAUUAGAGGCUUUGGGUAUCCUUCAGAGUUUCAUCCAUGACGUUGGCCUUUAUCCAGACCAGGAGGCCAUCCACACUUUAUCUGCCCAGUUGGAUCUGCCCAAGCACACUAUCAUCAAAUUCUUCCAGAACCAGCGUUACCACGUAAAGCAUCAUGGGAAGCUAAAAGAGCAUUUGGGUACCGUGGUGGAUGUGGCAGAGUAUAAAGAUGAAGAGCUGCUGACUGAGUCAGAGGAGAAUGACAGUGAGGAGGGUUCCGAGGAAAUGUACAAAGUGGAAACUGAAGAAGAGAAUUCAGAAAAAAACAAAGCAACUACUUCAGAGACUGAGCAGAGAUAAUGUGAAAAUAUCACAGGCAAAGCAAUACAUGGUUCCAAUUUUUUUUUUUUGCUUCUUUCAGAAAAAAAAAAGUGUUUUGGAAUUUUCCAGUGUGCAAAGAAUAUGUGCAAAUUGAACAAUUAUUUUGCAUAGCUCAAUCAGACAUUCCCUUGUAACAGGCACUUGAGUGUUACACUUUUUUAUGUUUUAUUGAGACAGUUAAUUGUAAUUCACAUAGGAUUACAUCAUUAUUAAUCUUGCACUUAAGAAAGGAUCCUCUAGUAAGCAAGUUACAGGAAGAAACAACUUAUGAAGGAAACAAUAACAGUGUGCAGAUGUGUGGUGUGUAUAUAAUAUGCACCAUGUGUAAGUGGAUUAU